GAGUUCAGGCAGUCUGGCAAUCCCAUCCUUUUGGCCAAGACUCCUUUUCUGGCAACACGUCUCCCUGUUUCUCAAGAACUCUUCUUUUCCUCCACAUCCAACAGGAUGUUGACCUGGAUCUCUCAGAACAGCUCAUGGAGAGGAAAGACCCUCUGACACAAAAACCACGUCACUGGAGAGGGAGCUGUAAUGUCAGGGAGGGCAUCUGGAAGAUCAAAGUGGGAAUAAACCAAUCACUCCAAGCUGUAUGGCUUUGCAUGGCUGAGUUUUGUUUCCAGCCUUUUGAAGCACAGCUCAUGUUCUUUCCUUAACAAGGAAAGAACUUUUGUGUAAAAUUCAGGAAAUCAAAAAAGCUGGUUCGCGUAAAAUUCAGUAAAUUACAAAAAAAAUCCAGACCAAACACCAUGGGCCUGUGGGGAAAAAACUGGAAUUUAAUUUCUGUACUACAGACCUUUCCCAGAAUAGCCAGGCAUGGGCCAGCGUGAAAUGCAACACCACACAUCUGUGGGGGAUUCUGCCCAGUCCUCCCAGCCUUUUCCAUUUCCAUCAUUUGCCGUGUUUGGAACCUUCCAUGAUGUCAACUCACCAGCAGAGCCCAGAGGGAGCCCUGGGACACUGGGGCUGCCUGGAGUUGGGAGGAAGACACAGAGGAAACCUUGGCCGUGAUUGACAGCGGGGCUGUUUCUGCCACUUCCCUCGCUGUUGUCAAGUAAUAAUGAAGCUUUGUCAGUCCAUCAUGGACAUGGAUAUGCCAGAUUAUGUCGACUCCUUGGACUCCUCUUACACCAUGCUGGAAUUCGACAACCUCCGCGUGCUCCCCAACAACACCGGGAGCUCUGACUGUCCCCAUUCUGUGCCCACAGAGCCCAUCGCAGCCGAGUCAGCAAACCCCAACCUGCUCCCCAACGGGGUCAGCUCCCUGUGCUCCAUCUGUGGGGACAGAGCCACUGGCAAGCACUACGGGGCCUCCAGCUGUGAUGGCUGCAAAGGCUUCUUCAGGAGGAGCGUCCGCAAGAACCACGUCUACUCCUGCAGGUUCAACCGACAGUGUGUGAUAGACAAAGACAAGAGGAACCAGUGCAGGUACUGCAGGCUGAAGAAAUGCUUCAGAGCUGGCAUGAAGAAAGAAGGNGUGCAGAACGAGCGUGACAGGAUCAGCAUCCGCAGGAGCAGCUAUGAGGACAAUGGCUCUCUGUCCAUCAACAUCCUCACCCAGGCUGAGGCCAUGGCACAGCAGUAUUUACCCCUGAGCCCCGUGCACAGCGCAGACAUUGCCAUGAAGAAGAUUGCCACCAUCAACGACGUGUGUGAAUCCAUGAAACAGCAGCUCCUGGUGCUGGUGGAAUGGGCAAAAUACAUCCCAGCCUUCUGUGAGCUCCCCCUCGACGACCAGGUUGCCUUGCUCAGAGCUCACGCAGGGGAACAUCUGCUCCUUGGGGUGGCCAAGAGGUCCAUACCAUACACUGAUUUCCUGCUGUUAGGGAAUGAUUUCAUCAUCCCAAUGCACUGCCCAGAGCUGGAAAUCGCUCGUGUGGCCACCAGAAUCUUGGACGAGUUGGUGAAGCCCCUGCGGGACAUCCAGAUCGACGACAACGAGUACGCCUGCCUGAAAGCCAUCAUCUUCUUUGACCCAGACUGCAGAGGGCUGAGCGAGCCGGGCAAGGUGAAGAACAUGCGCUUCCAGGUGCAGGUGAACCUGGAGGAUUACAUCAACGACCGCCAGUACGACUCGCGGGGCCGCUUCAGCGACAUCCUGCUGCUGCUGCCGCCCCUGCAGAGCAUCACCUGGCAGAUGAUCGAGCAGGUGCAGUUUGUGAAGCUCUUUGGAGUGGCCAGGAUCGACAGCUUGCUGCAGGAGAUGCUGCUGGGAGGAACCUCUGCUGAUCUCCAGUACCAGUCAGCACCUCCCAACCUCAACCAGAAUCACUGCCUGGAACCACUGCCAGGACAUGUCCUGCAAAGCAACAUGACCUCUGUGAUCCACACUGCUCCAGACCCCUCUCCUGAGACAUCCCUUCCAUCUCCCUCUGCCAGCACAGGCAGUGAAGACUAUAAGCUAGGCUCUAGUGCAGGGCCCAGCACCGUGGUGCAGCUGCUGCCUCACACAGCCAUGUCCAAGCAGGAGAUUUGAUAGGGAGAGGAGGAAGGAGGAGCUGGGAGCUCGGUGGGAUCCGUGCUGACAGUGAACAGGGCCCUUUCUCUUUGCAGAGCCCAAGCACAGC